AGUCGUCAAAAAGAGUUGAACAUAAAAUGCCAUAGCCAUUGUUGGCGCUUCGAAGAAAACAAUGGCGUCUCCCGCUUGGCGCAAACUCUUCAGUCGUCGCAUGUCCUCGUCCUUCUUCGCCCCCCCUCAUCCUCUUCGUUCCCGCAGAGUCGUCGUCACUGGGUUGGGCAUGGUGACGCCAUUGGGCUGCGGAGUGGAGACGACGUGGAAGAGACUCAUAGAAGGCGAGUGCGGCAUAAGGGCACUGACCCAUCAAGAUAUCAAGAUGAACGGCUUUGAUUCAGACACCCAAUCGUACACCUUCGACCAGCUCACCUCCAAAGUUGCUGCAAUCGUACCCUGUGGAACCAAACCAGGUGAAUUCAACGAGGAACUGUGGCUCAAUUCCAAGGAUCAUCGUUCGAUGGCGAGAUUUAUUGGGUAUGCAAUGUGUGCUGCUGAAGAAGCACUUAAAGAUGCUAAUUGGAUGCCUACUGAGCCCGAAGAGAGGGAAAGAACGGGUGUCUCAGUUGGUGGGGGAACUGGAAGUAUCAGUGACAUAUUGGAUGCUGCACAAAUGAUUUGUGAGAAGCGUAUUCGACGUCUUAGUCCUUUCUUCAUUCCUCGGAUACUAAUCAACAUGGCAUCUGGUCAUAUCAGCAUGAAAUAUGGAUUUCAGGGACCAAAUCAUGCUGCAGUAACAGCUUGCGCUACUGGAGCACAUUCUCUGGGUGAUGCCACAAGGAUGAUUCAGUUUGGAGAUUCAGAUGUUAUGGUGGCUGGAGGCACAGAGUCUAGCAUUGAUGCUUUAUCAAUAGCAGGAUUUUGCAAGUCAAGGGCUUUGACCACGAAAUACAAUUCCUCCCCACAAGAAGCAUCACGACCUUUUGACUGUGGUCGGGAUGGGUUUGUAAUCGGUGAAGGUUCUGGUGUUGUGGUUUUGGAGGAGCUUGAUCAUGCAAAGAAUCGAGGAGCAAAAAUAUAUGCAGAAAUUCGUGGUUAUGGCAUGUCAGGUGAUGCGUAUCAUAUUACUCAACCACAUACUGAUGGAAGAGGUGCCAUUCUGGCCAUGACACAUGCCCUUAGACAGUCAGGCCUUCAUCCUAAACAAGUGGAUUAUGUAAAUGCGCAUGCUACAUCGACACCUUUGGGUGAUGCAAUAGAAGCCAAUGCUAUCAAAACCAUGUUCUCUGACCAUGUGACAUCUGGUGCUUUAGCAUUGUCCUCCACCAAGGGAGCUGUUGGUCAUCUCCUUGGUGCGGCUGGGGCUGUUGAAGCAAUAUUUUCUAUUUUGGCCAUACACCAUGGAAUUGCACCACCAACGCUUAAUCUGUCACAACCAGAUCCAGUAUUUAAGGAUGCUUUCAUGCCUCUGACAACUUCAAAGACCAUGCCAAUAAGAGCAGCUUUGUCGAACUCUUUUGGCUUCGGAGGAACAAAUGCAUCCCUGCUGUUUACAUCUUCUCCUCCUUGACAAAAUGGUUGGCGAAAUCUUCUCAUCCAGAUUGUGUUUGAUGUAGAUGUUUCUCCGAAUGGAAAAAGAUCUGCAACACUCAAAAUCCCAUCUUGCAUAACUGAAGCCGAUGGAAUUCCCGAGUGUCAUUGCUGUAUUUCUGAAUUGUUUCCCUUGAUUUCGAAAAUUGGACUGGUUUAGUGUAGUGGUAGUACUCUGUAAUCAUGGUUAGGUUGAUUAGAGAAUCUUGACAACAUAUCUUCACUAACAGAAUCGACAGUGAGGAGGAACUGUGAUGAACGGAAAUAAGUGAAAUAUUUUGCUAUGGCAAACAGAAUGUUGGGGGUUGACCGUAAACGGCCGCCAGACGGAGGAGAUGUAGCCCCGUGAUGUGGUUCUACUAUUCCACUUCUUUUAUAUAAAAUAUGUAUUCAUUUUUUCAGUACUAUAAUUUAUGUCGAUGAAAUAUCAACUUCGUCACCCA